CUCAUGUCUUUGCGUGUCCCUCCGUCAAUUUUUCAUCAGUCAGUCUGCGCAUUUGCAUCGUCAGUUGGUUGUGUUGGUUGCCGUGUUGGUCUCAGAAGUCUCCUCCCUCCAGCUCGGGGACCUUGGCACCCACAUGGCUGACCAACACACACACACACACAGGGAGAUAUCUGUGUUGACGACUGUGUGUCUGUCUGUCUGAGUGUGUGUGGCUGCCUUUACCUUUGCUGACGAUGAGGACGGCUUUGCGUCUCAGCAACUCGUAGAAGAGCCGAUUCAUCAGAAAUGCCCGCUGAGCUGCACACCACACCACACAGACACACAGAGAGAGAGAGAGGGGCAACUGGUGUGUGUGGAUUGUGUGAGUCGUGUCGUUGAGUCUGACCGACGAAGAGUGCGGCUGCCGCGGCGAUGAGGGGCGUCGUGAAGAACACCAGACUGACAACACACACACACACACAGAGUCAUGCCCUCCCUCCGUCUGAGUGUCCAUACGUGCAGGUGUGGCAGAGCGUUGGGACGGCCGAGAGUCGGCAGUUGGGCCGCUCGUUGAUGAGGAUGGCCAGCCACAGCGCCUCGAACAUGAAGAACACCAGCGUCACCAU